AUGAGCCGGCUCUGCCUCUCCAUCGCCCUUCUCGUCCUCCUGGGCACCCUGGUGGCCUGCACCUCAGGGGGUAAACACAAGAGCCAUGCCAAAGAUUCCCUGCCUGCCUUCUGCCUGGAACCUCAUCACACGGGUCCAUGCAGGGCCCGGACGAUCAGGUACUUCUACAACGCCAAGUCCGGGCACUGCGACAUGUUUAUAUACGGCGGCUGCCGAGGGAAGAAGAACAACUUCCCAACAGCACAGGACUGCAUGAAGACCUGCGGUGGUCACAUGGGGACCCAUAGGAAGGAGGUGGAGAAGCAGGAGUGGACAAGGGUCCAGCUGCAGUUGGUCGAGCUGCACCCGGCCUGGAAGCAGCUUAGGUUUCCGGUUCCCACUGGGGCCAGGCCAGAUGUCCCAGAGUUGAGAGCACCUCACUUCCCCGAACCAGAUGCUCCUACCUCCUACAAGUACCAUCUCCCGUCCUGCCUGGUGGAGGCCCCCGGGGUUACCACUGGGCAUCUGGCAGACGGUGGCACAGCCGGCCUGGCAGCCCUUGAGGUCGGCCACGCAUUCCCCACCUGA